AUGUUCGCUUUGACCUCAAUUGCCAAGCGCCAGUCCGUUCGUGCGUUUUCCGCCUCCGCCUCCAGAUGGGUAGCGGUGGGAGACAAGAUUCCAUCCGCCACUUUAUUUGAAGGCUCCCCAGGAAACGACGUGAACUUGGCGGAUGAAACUGCAAGCGGGAAAUCCAUCAUUAUCGGAGUCCCAGGAGCCUUUUCGCCUGCCUGCCUGGCUUCGCAUAUUCCCGGAUACUUCAAGAAGUUGAGAGAGUUCAACGAAAAGGGAUACAAGUCGUUCUACAUUGUUGCUGUCAACGACGCUUUUGUCACCAAGGCAUGGGGCGAGGCGCUUUUUGCCCAUCUUGUCGGCACCAACCAGGUCCGCUUCUUGGCCGACCCCAAGGGCGAGUUUUCCAAAGACUUGGAUGUGCUUUUUGACGCUUCCAAGUUUUUCGGCAACGAGAGAUCUAAGCGUUACGCUUUGAUUGUGGAAGACGGUGUUGUGAAGAAGACUUUCAUCGAGCCAGACAACACCUCUGUUGAUGUUUCCUCCGCCGAUGCUGUACUCAAGGAGGCAUAA